GUUAUCUCCCUUUCCAGCCAUAAGUAUAAACACUUGUUAUUUGGGUUGAGUUAUUCAAGAUAUAUAGUGCUAGUACAUUUUACUGUAUAGCCACAUCUGCUGUGUCAGUACAGUAAUAUCAAGAACAGUGUGAGACUGGCCUUUCAGAGCCACCAACUCUAAGCUUGUUGAGAAGCCAUAAUUAUUGCCUGGAGACCAUUAACAGUGUGGUAUAAUGGACCGUAAACGAGGUAGAGGCGGACCCAGAGGAAGAGGAGGACCCAGAGGAAGAGGAGGUGGGAGAGAAGGGGCCCGAUCGAAACAAUACGGUGCCCAGGGGGAUGGAGCAACAGACGGCAACACCCACUCUUCCGGGGCUCGUGGUAGAGGUGGUGGAAGAGGUCGUGGUAGAGGUGGCAAAGGUGAUAGAGGUGGCAGAGGUGGUGGUCGAGGGGGACCCAGAGACUCGACAACGAGAAUGGAACGACCCCCGCUAAACUAUUUCACACGCGAUGACAUUGAAGAAUUAUCUCAAGCUGACGAUCAAACAGUUACUAGGCGAAUUACUCAAAAUGAGAAUGGGUUUUUGAAUGCCUUCAAGCACGACAAGUUCUUAAAAUCACCAAAAGUGUUGAAACAAUUAUUGAAAAUUGUGUACAAGCUAUCCAAAUCUAGUGACACUCAGACUGCUUUGCGUGUACUAGCUCAACUAUUCGGCUCCAGUGGUGAGCAUGCACUUUUUCUGGUGUAUUUGCAACUGCUGAUCAGUGGAAUGACUUCUGAAACCAAACAAUUUAUAAGAGAAGAAAACCUUCAAUCCUUGUAUCAUCUUACCGAAGUGGGUAAGUUUUGUUUUGAGAAAAUUCCAAAAAGUGUACAAAAAACAUUUCCAAUUCUACAUAUCCAAGAAACACUUAACAGCCUCAUGAAGUACAGUACUGGUGGAGAUAUUGAACGGGUCACUCUCGAAGAUAUUGAACAGAACUUACUUGAACUCCAAAUCCAGCAUAUGAGCUUUGAAGAAGAGCAAGUUAAACCAAAGCCCAAACCAAUCAGGCAAAUUGGAGAUGUUGAUCUUGAGCCACCAGAAGACUUUGCCACACUCUCUAUUUUGCCUGUCCCUAAUGAAAUCAACAAGUUUGCCACGAGGCCGUAUCUCAGGCCGAACAUCAUCAAAGGAGAGUAUCGCAGCUGGGAACACUACCUGGACGUUCAGUUCAGACUUCUUCGUGAAGACUUUGUUGGUCCUCUUCGAGAAGGAAUUGCGGAUUAUCUUUACAAUCCAACAAAAAAAGGAGGUGAUGUUCGUGUGUAUCGCAACGUCAGAAUUCGGCAGCCAGUGUGUCUUGCCAUGGGAAUCGGUUUUGAAAUUUCCUUCAACAUGCGAGCAUUUCACAGAAUUAAUUGGGAGUAUACUAAGCGACUAAUCAAUGGAUCUCUCUUGUGCCUUUCAACAAACAACUUUCAAACAAUUGCUUUUGCAUCAGUAGCACAAAGAGAAACAAAACAACUUGAGAAAGGUAUUAUCACUGUGAAAUUUGAAGGAUCUGUCAAUGGCUUUGAUCUUCACUCUCAAACCGAGUACACAAUGGUUGAGUCUGUAGCUUACUUUGAAGCUUAUCGUCACGUCUUGGAAAAGCUUCAAGCAGUUAGUGAAGAGCAUGAGAUCGAUAUGAUGCCUUUCCGGAAUUACAUAGUCAACUGCUCAUUUGACAACAUCCCCCUUCCACGGUAUCUAAAUCAUUUCGGCCACACCAUUUUUGAUUUGCAAGGAAUCGUCAAAAUCAAAAGCAAGCUCGCAAGCUCAAAAGUUGAUCUCACUAGAGCAUCUUCUUGGCCUGAUGCAAGUGUCACAGACCUCGAUAGCUCACAGAUGAGAGCACUACAAGCAGCCCUGACUCAAGAGAUCUCCGUCAUUCAAGGUCCCCCGGGCACCGGCAAAACAUAUGUGGGGAUGAAAAUCGUCAAAGCUUUUUUGGCAAACAGGAAAGUGUGGGAUCCAUUGAAGACCACACCUAUUUUAGUUGUAUGCUAUACAAAUCAUGCACUCGAUCAGUUUCUUGAAGGAAUCAGAAGCAAUGAAAUCGAUGGCAAACCUCCAAACGUGACAAGAAUUGGUGGACGAUGCAAAAGUGAAAUUCUUCAGGAAUGCACCCUUUACGAGAAAGUCAGUAAAGCGAGAACAGACAAAAAGAUACCAUGUGAGGAGUUCAGGGAUUAUAUAGGCGCCAGAGAGUGCCAGAGGGCUCAGAAGGAUCUUGUGAUAUCACACCUGGAAAACAUUCAUCUAUCAGCUCACAAAAUUUUACGAAUGCAUCGCUUGAGGCAAGUCAUUCCAUCAAAUCAUUACGACCAGCUUGUCAACACUGUAUACACAGACCAGCCUAUCGAGCUGUGGUUGGGAUUGUGGUAUGAAGACCCAAACAUUCAAGUACAAGCAACUCCUGAACAAGAAGCCAUGGCUCAAUAUGAUCAACCAGAAGCAGAGGGCAUCAUUGAAGAUGAAGACACUGAAGUCCAGAUGAUACAAAACGAUCGACUAGUUGAAGGGAACGAAGUCGUGUACAAAGCUCCAGAAGAGGAGGAGUGGCAGUUCGAAAAAGUGACAAAAGCAAAGAAAAACGAUGGUGACUGGCACAUGGUUCAGAUGGACAAGGAUAAAAAAAGGAAGCUGAUAUACAAGCAACUUAAUCAUGGGCUCCGACCGAUGACUGCCGAUGAAGCUGCUAGUAUCCCUAACUUAUGGAGCUUACACCCAACACAGCGAUGGAGACUGUACCUUCAUUGGAGAGAUAUGUUUGUCACCUAUCAUAGGCAACGGUUGGAAAGUAUUUCAAAUGGCUACACAACUGCUUGUGAAGAGUUUCAACAGAGAAAAAGAAACAUGGAUAUGACGAUUGUUCGAGAUUCAGAUGUAGUUGGCAUGACUACAACAGGAGCAGCCAAACACAAUUACAUCAUUAAAUCAAUUCGACCAAAAAUAGUAGUUAUCGAAGAAGCUGCUGAAAUUUUUGAGCCUCACAUUUUUACUUCUCUGUCUCCAACAGUCCAACAGUUGGUUUUAAUUGGUGACCAUCAACAGCUACGGCCAAAGCCAACAUACUACGACCUUGAAAAGAAAUACAACUUUAAUGUCUCAUUAUUCGAACGCUUGGCAAUGAACGAUUGUCCUGUACAAACACUAACUAUUCAGCAUCGAAUGAGACCUGAGAUUGCCAGCUUGAUUACUCCAGCCAUAUAUAAAGAACUGCACAAUCAUGAAUCAGUGUACAACUAUGGUCACAUCCAAGGAAUUGGUAAAAACCUCUUCUUCAUCACCCAUACUCAGCCAGAACUAACAGGAUCAGAUGACAAACAAAGUCACUCAAAUCCUCACGAGGCAAAAUAUCUAGGAGCUCUCUGUGACUAUCUGCUGAAGCAAGACUACAAACAAGAUGAAAUCACCAUCUUGACUCUCUACCGAGGACAAUUGCUGGAGAUUAAAAAAAUUCUCCAAGCCAAAAAGAUUAAUGGUGUUCGAACAGCUGUUGUUGACGACUUCCAGGGAGAAGAGAACCGAAUCAUAUUGCUGUCCCUUGUGAGGAGCAACAAUGAACAAAGAAUUGGAUUUGUCGGAAUUGAGAAUCGUAUUUGCGUUGCUUUGUCGAGAGCCAAAAUGAGCUUGUUCGUAAUUGGUAACAUGGAAAUGCUUCGUGACAAGGUUAAAACUGUAUGGCCUAAAAUAAUUGAAAGCUUCACAAAAAUGGACUGUAUUGGUGAAGCUCUCCCAUUACAUUGCCACAUUCACCAAGACCAAAAAGUAAAUGCCCAAGUGGCUGAAGAUUUUCUCAAAUGCCCAGAGGGUGGAUGCCAGAAAAAAUGUGAAGCUCGUUUGCCCUGUGGUCAUGUCUGCCGUCGACUUUGUCACCCCUAUGACAUAGAGCAUCGUAAGUACAAGUGCUUACAAGGUUGCAGAAAACAAUUGGCUUGUGGCCACGUCUGUAAACGAAAGUGCUACGAGUGUUCAGACGGUUGCGGAUCUUGUAAAGAGAAAGUAAUGAAAGUCCUAACUUGCGGUCAUUCACAAAGCUGUGCUUGCUCGGAUGAUCCAGCAAAAAUUAACUGCAAAAAACUUUGUGAAAGAGUUCUAGCAUGUGGUCAUCUCUGCCAAGAAAAAUGCUCUCGAUCUUGCACUCCUCAAUGUACUGUGAAGGUGGACAAAGAACUAUCUUGUGGGCACACUGUCCAAGAUUCCUGCUAUCUCAAAGAAGAGCUAGUAGAGUGCUCCGUGCCUUGCAGUGCUUUGUUAGAUUGUGAACACCUAUGUACUGGAACCUGCUACACUUGCAAAAUGGGACGUCUUCACAUUGGCUGUAAGUCCAAAUGCGAUCGUACCCUAACAUGUGGUCACCUUUGUGACUUUCCUUGCACACCAAGCUGCCCUCCAUGCUCCAAGCCAUGUGCCAACUUUUGCACCCACAGCCAUUGCCCCAAAAUGUGCUUUGAACCAUGUGCUCCCUGCAUGGAGCCUUGUGACUGGUCCUGCCCUCAUUUUACCUGCACUCAGCCAUGCGGAAUGCUGUGUAAUCGACCUCCUUGCAAUCAGCCAUGUCCAAAGCGCCUGGAGGAAUGCAAACACAGGUGCAUUGGACUUUGUGGAGAAUUGUGCCCAAAACUGUGCCGUAUCUGUGAUAAAGAAGAAGUCACUGAGAUAAUUUUUGGACCCGAGGAUGAAGAAGAUGCCAGAUUCAUUCUUUUGCCAGAUUGCAAUCACAUCGUUGUUGUAGAAAUGCUUGAUCAAUGGAUGUCAACUGACAACAGUGAUCCUACAGGAGAGUCCCAAGAAAUCACUCUGAAAGUAUGCCCAAGGUGCAAGACUCCAGUGAGAAAAUGCCUCCGAUAUGGCAAUGACGUUAGGAGCAAACUGGCUGAUGUGGAAGCUAUAAAGAAGAAGCAGAUGAGUACAAUUGACUCCAUUGACCUGCAAGCUGAACUAGCGAGAGUAAAGACAGGACUCGGAAAGGCUAGUUCCUUGAAUCGAUUGUUUGUUGCUGAAGAAUUCAGUGUACUUGAACGAGUUAUAUCGAACGAUUCCACUGUAGGCAAGAAAACUGUUAAUACUGUUCUCUUCCCUCACAUUACUAAAGCUAAACUUUCAUUUCUGCUCCAAAUUGUCACAACAAUUGAGAUUUUCUCCAAUCUAAAGCUAAAUCUGCUUUCUGUAACACAAUCCUGUUAUCAACCGAAUAUUGAUAGAAUAAAACGAGACCUGAAUCACCUUAAAGAGUUUAUUAUGCAAGAGUUUAUUUCACAGCAGCAACUCUCUGAUGCUAAAGCUGAAAUGCAAAGACUCACCCUUCUAGCAAAGCUUAUUCAGCUCCAAGGUAAAAUGCUUCCUAUUAAAACCCUUGUUUCUACCGAUGAACAUGAUGUAAUCACCUCAACUAUCCUUAAACUGGAGGAGAGUGGCUGGAAACUAGAAAAAAUUUCAGAGAAAGAAGAAGGGAGUAUUCUUGAAAUGAUCAAGUCCUUGUGUGAAAAGUACAGUAUUGAUGGACUGUCCGAAACAGAAAGACUUGAGAUAGUCAAGGCUAUUGGCCUCCCGAAAGGCCACUGGUACAAGUGCCCCAACGGCCACACCUAUGUAAUUGGCGAGUGUGGGGGAGCGAUGCAAAGGGCCAAGUGUCCCGAAUGCAAAGCCGAAAUUGGAGGAAUGAGUCAUGCCCUAGCAGCCGGCAAUGUACAUGCACCGGAAAUGGAUGGCUCAAGACAUGCUGCAUGGUCAGAAGCAGCUAACCUUGCAAACUUUGAUCCAUUGGAAUUAGACAGACUGUAGUUUUAGUCCUGUAUAUUUAACUUUUGGGUAAUUAUAAUGAACUCUUGUUUUUAUAAUAGUUUUACUAACUUGUGUCGAGUUUUUAUGGUGCGCAUUUUAUAUGACUAUAUAUAGUCACUGUUUUU